CCAGCUCUGUCUUUUAGUUCCUGUCUGAACCUCUGCCAUCAUGGCCACCAAGUCCACCUCCGUGUUCUUCCUGCUGUCAUCCCUCCUGUCGGCUGUGCACGGGGAGAGUUUCCCACUGGUGCCGGCUGAACUUGCUCCCGUCCCCUGCAAUGACAAAGCGGUGGAGAAGCUGUCUCGUCUGGCUCUCACCUACAUCAAUGAAGACCGCAGUGACGGCUACAAGUUUGCCCUCAACCGCAUUGCAAACGUGCACUUGCAGGCUCAGGGCCCAGCAGGCAACGUGUACUACCUGGACCUGGAUGUCCUGGAGACCAAGUGUCACAUCGGCAGCCCAAAACCAUGGAAACGAUGUGACGUCAGACCGUUCAUGGAGACGCAAAUCUCUGGUAACUGUAACACGACCAUCCUCCACACACCAGAGGGCUUCUCCUACCUGUACAGCUACGACUGCACUCUGGUGCCAGAUCCCCCAGAGAAGCUGCAGCAGGUGUGUCCCACCUGUCCCCUGCUGCUGCCCACAGACAACCCACAGGCCGUGAGCACAGCUCAGGUCACCCUGGCGUCCUACAGGAGACGCUCCACGCUGGGUGCAGGACUCGGGGUGAAGAAGAUCACCAGAGCCGCGGCGCAGGUUGUGCCGGAGAAAGCCAGUUUUGUGGAGUACACCGUCCAAGAGUGUCCAGAGGGAGUGACGGAAAGAGGCACCUGCCGGGGACGGUCACUCUUCUCUGACGCAGAGACUGCAGGUUUCUGUGCAGGAUCUGUACGAGGACACGUGAGCGUCCAUCCCGAGGUUCAGGUGUCCUGUGAGAUGUUCAAAGUGCAGAACGUAGACAUCCGCAGACCGCUGCAGCCGCAGGGUCACGACCUCCCUCCAUACCCUGUGAGCCCAACCUUCCCUCCUCCGAUCGACGAUCCAGGAAAUGAUCCACAGCCCCCUCCCUCUGACCCGACAUCGCACCCUGCUGUUCAACCAGCGCCGUUUAACCCCACACCCGUUGAGCCCGUGCCCUUUGACCCCUCAGUGGUGGUUAACCCGCUCACCUCCUCCUCCAGCGAGUCGUCUGAAGGGUUGGUCAACCAGCAACGACAACCACCAUCAGCUCCUGAGCUGUUCGAUUCCUCCUCUGAAGAGGUCGGAGGCCCUCUGGCGCUGCGUCCGCCAUUUAGCUUCCACUACCAGAGGCGUGACCGCAAGAGACGCCAGGCCUUGAUGGAAACUUCAACCACUCACAGCCCCGUCUUCCUGUCUGAUUUCCCCAGUGGCCUCUCUCCCUUCCGCUCCUGUCCUGGUCCCGCUCGAUACACCACAGUUUAACCAAAGCUGCUAAGGAAACCAUUUGUUCAUCUUUAAUUUAUCCACGGAGACGGUGCAGCGAUAAACUGCUCCCCGUCACUGCAGGCCGGCAAUAAUUUUUGGUAAUGAGACGAAUGCUAGCUCUUUUUUAUCCGUGGCCCUGAAAUGACCUCUCUGCUACAAAUGGUACAAUGCAGAGAAAACAGCCACGACUUAAAACACACGUGUUAGAAAAUGGCUUCAAAUAGUUGAACGAUUUGAGUAAAUCACGGUUUUAAAGAACUUCCAUGUUUAAACUGAAAGUCUGAUACUUACAAGAGUCUUGGUUCCUUCAUUUUUGAAAAAGGGGGAUAAACUAUAUUACCAUAAAUCUUUCACAAAUGAGAUGGUUUCCUAUACUUUUGUGUAUUUUAUAUAUUUUUAAAUGGAGUAUAUUUUGUAAACUUCUUCUGUACUGUGAGGGAGAACAGACAUUUUAAAAGGAAAGAAC